ACAUGUGAGAUAAAUUUAUAUCUUCUUCUCUUUUUUUCCUCCCUUGAUCAGGGACUUUUAGUUGUACAUUCCUUGUCAGUGGUGAAUUUAUCAGAGAGUGUAAGAAAGUCUCUAAAGGCAGAAAAGGGACCAUCCUACAAACUUUGAAAAAAAGAAAACCGAAACUAAGGUCUUGACUGAAGGCAAACGAGUAACUCGCUCGUUUGACAAAAGAAAAGACACUCUACAUGAAAAGUUUGGCAUAUUACUGACUGAAACUAUGGGGAUUUCAGGAUUGACAACCUUUAUGGAUGACAAUCUCCAUCUUUUGAAGGAAACUCGCCUACACAAUACCAAGGUAGUGAUAGAUGGCAACAACCUGUACCAUCUCAUCUUUUAUAAUAAUCACGUGGACUUCCUCCAUGGAGGAGAUUAUGACCAGUAUGCCAGGAAAAUCAAAGAGUUCUUCACACUCCUUCAUUCCUGCAAAAUUCAGCCAUAUGUUGUGUUUGAUGGUGGGUAUGAGCAGGAUGACAAAAAAUUUUACACAAUAUUAGAGAGAGUGAAGCGGAGACUUGAAAUGGCUAUGGAUCUUGCAAAAGGGUACAGAGGAAAAGUAAUGCCUCUCCUGGCCUAUGAAACUUUUAAGGCAGUUUUGUUGGAGAUAAAUGUACCAUUUGUUGUUUGUGAUUUUGAAGCUGACAAAGAAGUUGGAAUAUUAGCAAACAAACUUAACUGUCCAGUUUUGUCGUACGAUAGUGAUUUUUACAUUCUCUCUCUAAGAGCGGGAUUUAUACCAUUUGACAGUGUCAAUUUUACAUUGCAAGAGGACACGAGAGAAGAUGGUACAGUGUACCAUUACCUUCCAGCAAGGCGAUAUCAUGUGGACAACUUCGUAAAGUUCUUUCCUUCACUAGGAAAAACAGUACUUCCUUUGCUGGCUACCUUGUUAGGGAAUGAUUACGUAGACAUAAGAAUAUUCCAUUCCUUCUAUUCAUCAGUCAGAUUAUAUGAAGGAAAGACACAGUUUAGAAUACCAAAGUCUCACACAAAGAUGCAAAAAGUGAUCAGCUGGCUUGAAAGUUUAGAAUCCUACAAUGAGGGGAUUGAAAAAGUGAUGGGAACAGCAGUAACUCCAGCACAGAAAGAAACCAUAUCAUUAGCCAUCGGCAAAACCAUGGACGCAUUUACCACUGAUAAAAGUGAUUCUGAUUUCUGUCUUUACAGCUACUUUGAGGAUAAGCAUGAUACAGAAAAAGAACUACCUCCAAGUAGGAACUCAGUCAGGGGAUAUAAUGGGUCUUCUCUUCCAAACUGGUUUUUACCCAAACAUAGGCAGGGGCUCAUUCCACAAAUCUUCUUGGACAUCAUAACACUGCACAGAAUAUUUACCCUUCCACAGGUGGAACACCCCAAGUCGCAGUCAUCUCACCAGUGCUCUGUUCAACUAAGACAGCUGAUAUAUGGAAUUCUUCUCUCAGAGGAUAUUGCUAUUGAAGCAAAGAAGGGUGAGCUUCUAGCAAACAGAAAAUAUGCUGUUGAAGAAUACAGCAGACAGGGUUUAUAUUUAAAGAAGAUACUUGUAUGCCCAGCCACCACUUUAGAAGGAUAUGGUCCACUACCAAGACUAACAGAAAUUCCGGGCAUUUUACAUACUGACAGAAAGAAUCUCCUCUGUCAAGCAUUAAACAUACCCCCAUUUACCACAGAAGAGAUGACUGGAGAUCUUGAGCUUGUUUUAGGAAUCAUUCUAUAUUGGAUCAAAAAUGCUCAACCAAAAGUAACUCUGAAUCACUUGAGAGCAGCGGUGGUGUGUUUGAUAAUGCUGAAAGUAAAGUGGGUUCUUAUACACCAUGGUGCUACUGGAUGUGAGGAAAAUAUGAUAGAGGCAACUGUUUUAGACACAUCCAUAGAAAUUGUAAAGGAAGUCCGGACCAAACUUCAUCCAUACAAUGCAAAGCCUGAGCACAACAGGAAGCAUCCAGUGGAUAGUGACCUGAUCCAUGGAUUUGCACAGUUCCAGUCCUGCAUUCUUGUAGUUUUACAUUUGAACUAUCUCCUGCAGCGCCCGUUCCCUAGUCCAUACAUACCUCACAUAUUCUCGGGAACAUUUCUGUACAAUUUCUGUCAGGAGCUUGAGAAACGUAGAAGUCCUGACAUGUUUAUAUGUGAAAUGCUUGCAAAGGACUCGAAACUUCCAAUGGUUUACCAAAGCCUCUUUGAUGCCGUAAUGAAAUCUCUUCCCUCCGAUGAUUUCACAGAUGAUUCCAAAUACAAGAAGAGAAGCAAAUCUCACAAAAAGAAAGGAAACGCAAACAAAGGGAUCUCAUCCAGCUCAAACAAUGCUGAAAGUAUGGUGCUCUCACCAAAAGUGAAAAGGAAGAACAAAUCAGGUGUACAAUAUGUGGCCAACUGCCCAUUGACAAACAGAUUUGCUGGUCUUGAUUUGAGUGAUGAUAGCCAAAGUGAAAGUGAAAGUGACCAAUAGUCACUUAGUGUGACUUGAACAUAAGCGAAAGAUAACACUGCAAAAUAUAUAUAACAUGAACUGUUUUGAUGCAAUUCUCAUUUCUUAGCUGUUCACAACUUUACAGUUCAUGCACAUUUCUUAUUCCUUGUAGGAGUUAUGAGAUUGAUCACUGUUCAUUAUCUUCACCUUUAUAGGUGUUAUGAGAUUGAUCACUGUUCAUUAUCUUCACCUUUAUAGGAGUUAUGAGAUUGAUCACUGUUCGUUAUCUUCACCUUAAAGCUUUAUAGGUGUUAUGAGAUUGAUCACUGUUCAUUAUCUUCACCUUUCAUGCAUUCAUCCUUGUGUGCAUCUACAUUGAUAUAUGUUGUGAAGGCCUACGGUCUUAAAAACCACCAUUCUAGAUUUUGGUGUAAGGUGACAGGAAGCGAGUCUAGGAAAACGCUUAUUGAUACCUGGUCAAAGGUCACAAAACCAGCUAAUGGUGACCAUUUAUCUCUUGAUUUGUGUUUCCAAUGUUUUCUUUCUGUAUUGAUUAAGUUGAUUUAAGCAAUAUAAUGAAUAAUUGUAUUUUUUUUUAAAAGUCAUCAUAUAUUUUACUAAGAGUGUUCCUCAUAUUUUGUCUACUUUUCUGUGCUAUUCAAUGCUUUGGGAGAAGUUUUUAUGUCACUUUUAUAGUUUUUAAAUUAAACAUAAGUACACUGAAAAGUAUUACAGUUAAUGACAUAAAUUCAGGAAAAUAUAUUCAUAGUAACAUUUUAGAAAAUAUGUAUGGAUAAAUUCACAACAUGUGUGUAAUGUAGUUCAAGGAAUGUGACCGGGAAUUAUGUAAUUAUGUAAUGGGAUAUCCCAUAUUUCACAGAGACAGAAAACUUGUACUGUUCCAGUUUACCAUACAUGUACAUUGAACCUUAUCAUUGAAUUACAUUGGCCAAGGUCCUGUGACAGAGAAUUCAUGUGGACUACAUUAGGUAUUAAAAAUUCUGUUGAUGGACCCCACUAUUUUGCACGCAUUUUGCUAAAAGCGAAAACCCACAUUUUUGUGAUGUCAUAAGAAGGGGAACAGGUGAUGCAGACCAUUUUCUAUCUUACUUUUGUAAAGAAUUUGAUUUUCAAGGGUGAAGAAUUGAUAUAACCAAACCAACUUCUCUCCUGUAAACAAGAUUUAAGCUACAUUUGAUUUCAAUGACAAAUGUCUAGUAAGUUGAUGAUGGUUUCAAAGGUCAAAGAUAAGGUCAAGGUUUCUGGAAUGGAAAUUUUUUUUAAAGUUUAAUAGUACCUAUAGGGAUGCCAUCUUAUAAUAUGCAUGUAAUGGGGAUACCACACUUUGUAUAUUGUUUUAUGUCUCAUUCAAGAAUUUAUCUUAAGGUGAAGUGCCACAAAUUUGACCUCUGUAUUGAGGUUACGGCCAUACAAGUUAAGGUUCUUUAUUGUGCCAACGCUUAUCAUGACUCCAACCUGUGACUUUCACGUGUAAUGCCUGGCGAAGGAACAAUAAAGCUAUGUUAAAAUGUUAUAAAGUAAUUCCACCCUCCUGUGAUGUCAUCAAAUUUUGCAAAAUCAAUGAUUUAUUUAGAUUUAUGCAUAAAUUUAUGUGGAUUUGUGCAUAAAUUUUGUUGGGAGUGUUUUCCCAUAGCUACUUGUUAAACAUAAAUUAUUUAAAAAAUCUAAGUCAUACAUGUAUAUGAAUAAUCAAUUAUGUGUUUCAAAAUAUUGAAUCAAAGGGCACUAACUGUGUGGUGGUGUGCUUCUGUAAUCUAGCUACUUGUGGUGUGCUUCUGUAAUUAGCUACUUGUGGUGGCGUGCUUCUGUAAUCUAGCUACUUGUGGUGGCGUGCUUCUGUAAUCUAGCUACUUGUAGUGGCGUGCUUCCAUAAUCUAGCUACUUGUGGUGACAUGCUUCUGUAAUCUAGCUACUUGUGGUGGCGUGCUUCUGUAAUCUAGCUACUUGUGGUGGCGUGCUUCCGUAAUCUAGCUACUUGUGGUGGCAUGCUUCUGUAAUCUAGCUACUUGUGGUGGCGUGCUUCCGUAAUCUAGCUACUUGUGAUGGCAUGCUUCUGUAAUCUAGCUACUUGUGGUGGCAUGUUUCUGUAAUCUAGCUACUUGUGGUGGCGCGCUUCUGUAAUCUAGCUACUUGGAAGUCAGAGUUGGUUUAUAUGGAUUUCUUUUUCAAGUCCAUUAUGCAAUGGAUUUCCUUUAUUUUUCACAAACAUAUAUUUUUGUAAAGAAACAGUUUCAAGAAAUUGUUAUGAAACACUAUUGUACCAUAAUAACCAGUUUUUAUGAAAUUUAGAUAACGCUGUUUAAGGAGAAUUGUAAUUUUCUGACGUUGAUAUAGGAUUUUGUUCUUGUGUGUCUUGCAUCUUUAAAAGUGCGAUGACCAGUAUUUUUAUUUGAUGAUUUAUUAGUUCUAACUCUAAUAAAUGAAAAUUAAUACACUU